AAACCGAACAAGAUUAGAAGUUAACGGCUCUCUCUUUGCUUCCAUGGCAGCAAUGAGCGCAGUGGCAAUGGCUUCACCCUCCCCCCACCUACUUAUCCACUCUCCACACACUGGUGUCAGGGUUAUCUCCAAGAAUGUCUUGUCCAGCUAUGCUGCAAUUUAUCCGGCAACAGCAGUUACAUAUCAGGGGUUAUUGAAUCACUGUAUCUUCUCACGAGGAUACCUAAGAUCUUUGGUCAAGCCAGUAUUUGCUGCUGGUUCAGGGCUAGAGGCAUCUGUUGCUGAUGAUGAGGCUUUGAUAAGCGUUAAAAAUGCCAAGAUAGCCGUGGAAUCCCAAGAUGCUGAAAAGAUACAUGUAUUCUCGCAAAACUGCUUUCUUUUCAUCAACUUUAGUUCAUCUAAAUUUAUUAUAUCAUUUUGAAGCACCCUUUGUUUA